AGGCUGAGACAACUGGUUUCCUGCGUAACUUCCCGUUAUUUUAUUUCAUGCACUAAAAAUGUGAUUGUGACAAAGGGGCUCAGUGGUACAGAACAUGGGAUCAGGAGUCAACCGGAGUUCAAAUCCAGUCUGUCACUGUGAGAUCACUUCACCCAUGUUCACCUUGACUGUUUCCUCAUCUGUAAAAUGGGGAUAACAACCCCCUACCUCCAAUAAGCUGUACCUACCUCAUUGUCAUGAAAAUCAGAUAUAAUAUAUAUAAAGUGCUUAACACCAUCAGUAGAGCCUGAAGUCAGACUAUCGUCUAUUUCCAGUCUGGGCUGUGUGACCUUGGGCAUACUAUUGUCAAAAUAUUUGGAGAUGCCAUUUCCCAGAGCUAAGGGCCAGCAAGAGGGCUGUGCCCUGAACUUGGCAUAACAAUAAUCCUUUGCGUUCUGUAUGAUCUCAUCCUCUGGCAAAAUGUAUUGCUUUGAUCAGCACCUACUGUUCACCGAGGGAUUUAUGAUUUUCACAUGGAUAACUCUUUAGGUUUGUUGGAGCUCCCCCUAUUUCCCAGAGAUCUGAAAGUCAAGGUACUGCAGCCUAAAAGCAUUCAGCAUGCCUCCUGUCACCUGUGCCCAAGUAACUGCCAAGCGAACCAAACCAGGUCCUGUUUCCGCCACAUUCUUGGAGGCUGUUCCCACAGAUCCAAAAAUGCUGGUGUCGUCCCAAGAAAUACCAGCCAUGAGAACUGCUUAUCAAGACCUAAGGUGAAAAGCCUGGCACUGACUUUGCCCCGCACCGCAGCCCCCACCACUGCCCGCUCUGCUAGUGGGCACGUCAAGCUUCACGUGCCCCCCACCAGCGGAGCCCCAAAGCCAAGUACACAGUGCGCGGGGAUCCCGGAGCACUUCAGCGUUCAGAGGAGCCCACGGCGUCCGGAGGCUCGGGUUUAAAUGCCCGCUCGGCAGCAGAGACCCUGAUUAAUGCGGCCACUAAAUCGGGGAGGGGAGCGGUCCUUUCCAGCUCGACAGGCGAUGACCUUUUUUAAAAGUUAAUAUAUAAAAGUAUUUUCUCUCCUUCCCGACGCCCCCAUUCAAAAAAAAGUCCUCGUAACAAGCUUGCAGACUAUGAAAGUCGUAACAAAAGUUGCUUUGUCUUUCUUUUUCAUCCAGUGGUGGGUGGAAGAAAAAAACACAUUGUUGUUAAUUGGCGGAGGAGGAAUUUUAACUAAAAGGUUCAUAGUUAGGCAAAACAAAUCUUGAAGUCAGCCAGAACAACCCGCAAGCCAGGGAGUCCGCUAGGGGUCGGGCCCCAGAGCGCCCGCAGCUCCCACGCCGGAACCGCAGGUAAAAGCCACCGAGGGUGGGCGGAGAAAAGACGGCGGGCUUGCCGCUGCGCAGACUCAGUGGAGCGUCGAGGGGGGGGCGGGGAGAAGAGAGCCGUUCUGGCGAUUUCCCUUUAAGAAACCUUCUUUUAGAACCUCCGACCCACUUCCGCUCUUGGUUCCCACAAUGCGCCGCGGCAGAGAGCGGCCUGGGCUGCGGGAAGCGGCUGAGGGGAUGUCUGGGAUGAUGUCAGGGAUGUCGGGCUGGGGGGAGGAAGAUGACCGGGGCAGCGACAACGACGGGAGGAUCUACGUGGGAAAUCUUCCGGCAGACGUGAGGGAGAAAGACCUGGAGGACCUGUUCUACAAGUACGGCCGCAUCCGGGACAUCGAGCUAAAGAACCGCCGGGGACUGGCGCCCUUCGCCUUCGUGCGCUUCGAGGAUCCCAGGGAUGCAGAAGAUGCUAUUUAUGGAAGGAAUGGUUAUGAUUAUGGCCAGUGUCGGCUUCGUGUGGAAUUACCCAGGAAUCCUGGGGGUGGAGGGCCCCGUGGGAGGACUGGACCACCAUCAAGAAGAUCUGAAUAUCGCGUUCUCGUCUCAGGCCUUCCUCCCUCAGGCAGCUGGCAGGAUUUGAAGGAUCACAUGCGAGAAGCUGGGGGUGUAUGUUAUGCAGAUGUGCAGAAAGAUGGCAUGGGGGUAGUUGAGUUCCUCCGCAAGGAAGAUAUGGAAUAUGCCCUGCGUAGACUGGACGACUCCAAAUUCCGUUCUCAUGAGUGGCUUACCUCACCUGGCAACUGAUACCUAUUUGGGGCUAAGAUGGUUCAACUGUGCCAUUGCCCAAAUCACCUUACACGUCGAGAGCAAGGUGGUCACAGCUGUGAAUGAACUUGGAAUCAUGAAGUCUUCUGCUUAAGUUUAGGAUAACACUUGGGACACUUGGAGAGCUUCUUCCACUUCCACUUAACAGCCCUUUUUAUCUACUCAGAAUAGACUGGAUAUGAGGCCUUGUUCUUCCCCCCAUCCCCCUUCUUCAUCCCUCACUUUUUUUCCUUCCUUUUGUUUUUUGUUUGAAUUUCAGGGUGAAACUUCCUAUAUCAGAGUUUAUCCAGAAAGAAGCACCAGCUAUGGCUACUCGAGGUCCCGGUCAGGGUCAAGGGGCCGUGAUUCUCCA